UGCUGGCUGUGAGACUGAGGCUGCGGGAGGUCUGAGCUGUAACAUUAUCUGCAGCUUUUGAGCAGCAGCAGACACAGCACAGAGCCAGGACCAUCACUUGUGGAGGAGAGAGGGGACCUCCAGCCCGGAGUCACGCGCAGCUAUUGUAUCCAAGGGGAAGGAGGGGGAAGAGAGAGGGAGAGCUCAUCAAGUCAUGCAGGAUUGACUGCAUAGGGGAAGGUAAUCGAUGGCAAAGCUUUGAAUCUGAAUUAGCCUGGAAAGCAAAAGGAGAAGAAAGGAGAGGAGGAGGAGGGGGCAAUACACGGAAUCUGGCGAGGAAGAUGGAGCUCACAAUGGAGAAUUUAGGGAACCUACACAGUGUGACCCACUCUCAGGCUGGGGAUAUAAUGAGCUCCUCACACAGCAGGCAGACAUCCCACAGGAACCUGGUGUCCCACGGCCGGCCUGCUAUGGUAACCAGCAUGUCUUCCAUCCUGGACGGAGGGGAAUACAGAUCUGAGCAUACCCUAGGCGGCCCUUUGCAUCCAGCCAUGAACAUGUCCUGUGAAUCCCCAUCAGGGAUGAGCCUCAGCAGCACCUACACCACGCUAACCCCCCUGCAGCACCUGCCGCCCAUAUCCACCGUAUCGGACAAAUUCCACCAUCCGCACCAUCACCACCACCACCAUCAUCACCACCAGAGACUGGCUGGCAACGUGAGCGGCAGUUUCACCUUAAUGAGGGAUGAGAGAGGGCUGGCAUCCAUGGGAAACAUCUACGGCCACUAUCCAAAGGACAUGACAGCAAUGGGGCAGCCGCUGUCUCCUCUUUCCAAUGGCCUGGGCACUUUGCACAACUCACAGCAGUCACUGGGGCCCUAUGGCCCAGGAGGACACUUGAGCAAUGAAAAAAUGCUGUCACCCAACAGCUUCGACUCCCAUGCGGCCAUGCUUUCGAGGAGUGAAGACCAUCUGACCAGGGGUUUGGGUGGCCCAGGUGCUGGCAUGAUGCCACAUUUAAAUGGAAUGCACCCACAUGGUCACCACCACGCCUCAUCCAAUGGCUCCCUCCUCGGUGACAGAGAAAGGCAGGCGUCCACCUCUGGCUCUCAGGCGGGAGGCAAUGGUCAAGUGGAGGAGAUUAAUACUAAAGAGGUGGCUCAGCGGAUCACCGCCGAACUCAAGCGAUACAGUAUCCCACAAGCCAUCUUUGCCCAAAGGAUCUUGUGCAGGUCACAGGGAACCCUGUCUGAUCUCUUGAGAAAUCCAAAACCUUGGAGUAAGCUUAAGUCUGGCCGAGAGACCUUCAGAAGAAUGUGGAAGUGGCUCCAAGAGCCUGAGUUUCAGAGAAUGUCUGCUCUCAGGCUGGCAGCUUGUAAACGCAAAGAACAAGAACAGCAAAAGGACCGCAACCUUCAGCCCAAAAAACAAAGGCUGGUCUUCACGGACCUUCAGAGACGGACCUUGAUUGCCAUUUUCAAAGAAAACAAGCGUCCAUCCAAAGAAAUGCAGAUUACCAUCUCUCAGCAGCUAGGCCUGGAGCUUAACACAGUCAGUAAUUUCUUCAUGAAUGCACGUCGACGAUGCAUGAACCGGUGGCUAGAAGAGCCAGGGUCAAAUCCUGGAAUACCUUCUGCAUCCACAAGCACUUUCUCCAAAGCAUGAGUUGUCAUCUUUUUCCAGGAAAUCCCCAGUUGCAUCAGACAAAACCAAACAAAACCAUAAAUAAUUCCUGCUGCAGGAGACAAAUUGUGGGCACUACAUAUUUGCUCCCUAUAAAAUAAGGUUGAAGGCAUUUUAAAAUGAAAUAAAUCAAUACAACAUAUGAAUUAUGAUGGCAAAAAUGUGCUGGACUCAAAAUAUGCAAUUUUUAAAAUCGAAAAUGAAUUCAUGAUUUUCAUUAACAAAGGUAGCUGUUAUGACUUCCAUAUACCUAAUUAUUGUAAAAAAAAAAAAAAGAAAUCAGGCCACAUCUGUAAAAGGA